CCAGACACAAACCUCUCUGCAGGGAGACAGGAGGGGCUGGGCUGUAGGGGGAGCUCAGAGACUAGGCCCAGGAGCCGGUGCAGCAGGUGGCAGGGAAGGUGCUUUCGGUUGGGAUCGAGAAUUACCUCUCCACAACAUUCAGCUGCCCCAAGGGACAUUUCAUGUUUUUUCUGUCUCUGAAUUCUCGUAUUCUCAGUGCAGCCAACAAAUAAGAAAGUUACAUUGUCUAUUUGCAGAUGGGAAAUCAUCAGUCACUAGGGAUCUGUCUGUCAAGUUCCUAUAUCUUAUUUAUUUUUCUUGACAAAGAGAACAUCCAGAAGACUCUCAGCUUCCCUGUGAUCUGAAAACAUUUCCACAAAGGGAGGUACCAGCACAUUUCAUCAACCCUGUGUCCAAACCCAACUUCGACCCCCCUCACGCACAGGUGGCCCACAUAUAGGACCUCCUGUCAGACAGGCACAUAUGACCUCAGGGGGUUAUGAUCAGUGCAUCCCCAGGACCUCUCUCCACAGGGUCUCUCUCCCCCCAGGAUAUGUUAACCUCCUGCUUCUGAUUUACUGGGGUGGAUGUUGAACCCACCCCAACAUAACGCUCUGCCUUCUACCUUUUAAAUUCUCCCUCUACCUGUCCUAGACCCUGAUCACUGUGGGGUUAGGGUUAGGGUUAGGGUUAGGGUUAGGGUUAGGGUUAGGGUUAAAAAAAAGCACACAAGAUCUCAGAAAACCAAGUAGUGUUUCCCUCUGUGAGGGGAAUUUAUGAGGUAAAUCUCCAUUUGAAAGGGUGUCUCCCUCUCUGUACCAGGAAUAGGGUAACUGAAGCUCAAGAAACUUUUACCUAUGGAGAAGGCCUGGACUUAAAUCUACAUAACAAACAUACCCUUGUAUACUAUGCACUGCCUGAUGACCUCCUUUAACUGGCUUCCCCCCUCUCCCAACACCUUUUGUUUUUUUAACUGAAGAUGGUAUAUAAGGGAGAUUAGGUCAUUUCCUGAGUUAGUUUUCCUGGUGUUGACCUGAAACAAACAGACGGCCAGAUAUUUCUCCAGCAAAUAUGGGUUUAUUCUCAGGAUCGGGAGAAAAUCACAACUUGGAGGUCUGCAACCACAGCAAGGCACAUGAGCAUCCCCAUGAGUCAAGGGAAGGAAAACACCUCUGUAGAAAGGAAGAGGACCCUGGAAAGGCUAUAGCAAACAGAGUACACAACUUUUUAUUGGCUGAGUCCUUGAGUCCUGGCUCAGUCCUUUCCUGAGGCCAGGAAAUGAGAGUCUUUCUUUUCACUGUGGGGCUCCGCAAUUGUGGUAACGCAUGAGAGCUCUCCGUUCUGGUCUCCCAGUCCUAUUUAACUGAGGUUUCUGCUUAUUAAUUUUUACAACACUAACCCCUAACUCUUAGCCCUCGGCCCAAUCCCUAAACCCAAACCUAACUCCUAACCCUUAACUCUAGGCCCUAACCCCUAAGCUUACCCCUUCCCCACCGUCCUAAACCCUCUCCCUAACUGCACCCUUCAUGCCACUUUCCUGGACCAACUGGGCCAAUGACAUUUCUGAAUCCUUCAGCAUCUCCACCCUGCCUCUCCCCGCCACCCUACAGCCCCGCCUCCAGGGCUCAGGAGGCGACUGGGGUCAUCCGCCCCUAGGUGAGCGGAUAUGUACUCCCAGAUCUAGAGCGCUCAACAGUGUCUGCAGGACGUGCCCAGGCCGUCAGGAAGUCAGAGGACCCGCGCUCCGCUGCACUUAGCUCACCUAAACGCCCUCCAAGACCUCCACGUGACCCCCGGGGACUCAAGCGGCUUCGCGCCCCUGCCCCAGGAACCAAUCGGAAGUCAGGGACAACGAAGCGGGCCCACGCCAGGCCUCCCCAUGGCCCCGCCCCCUCUCCACUGCCGUCCAAUCGCUUCUGGCCCGCCGUCCUCCGCGCUUCCGCGCCGACUUCCGCUGUCGGCGGCGGGGCGGCAGUUCGAGGGGCCUGAUGUCUGCGCCCAUGGCAGCCGCGAGCGUCGGGCUGGCUGAACUGGGUUUUGUGGAGGCGGCGCCGGCGUGGCGGCUGCGCAGCGAGCAGUUCCCCAGCAAGGUGGGCGGCCGGCCGGCGUGGCUCGGCGCAGCCGGGCUGCCGGGGCCCGCGAGGCUGGCCUGCGCGCUGUGCGGCCGCCCACUGGCCUUCUUGCUGCAGCUGUACGCACCGCUUCCGGGCCGCGCCGACGCCUUCCACCGCGGUCUCUUCCUUUUCUGCUGCCGAACGCCACCGUGCUGCGCCGGCCUACGCGUUUUUAGAAAUCAGUUGCCCAGGAGAAAUGACUUCUACGCCUAUGAGCCACCUUCUGAGGAUCCUCCGCCAGAGACAGGAGAAUCCGUGUGCCUCCAGCUCGAGUCUGGUGCUCAUCUCUGCAGAGUUUGUGGCUGUUUAGGCCCCAAAACAUGCUCCAGAUGUCACAAGGCACAUUACUGCAGCAAGGAGCAUCAGACUCUGGACUGGAGAUUGGGACAUAAGCAGGCUUGUCCACAAGCAGGUGAUUUGGACAGUACAGUUCCAGACCACAGCUUCCUUUUUCCAGAAUUUGAAAUUGUAAUAGAAACAGAAGAUGAGAUUAUGCCUGAAUUUGUGGAAAAAGAUGAUGAAUCAGAGAUUAUAGGUAGCAUGGGGUAUCAGAAAUAUCUUCUGAGUUACAAAGACUCGAUCCUGUUGGGGAUGGCGGUGUUUCAGGUGGCUGAGAUUCCAGAGGUGAAGCACCUGAGGAAGAAUUGGAUUCCAUGGCAAAACAUGAAUCUAGGGAAGAUAGAAUUUUCCAGAAGUUUAAAACCAAAAUAUCCCUUGAACCAGAACAGAUUCUCAGAUAUGGCAGAGGGCUUGCCCCCAUCUGGAUCUCUGGUGAAAAUAUCCCUCAAGAAAAGGAUAUUCCAGAUUGCCCCUGUGGUGCCAAGAGAAUAUUUGAAUUCCAGGUCAUGCCUCAUCUGCUCAACUACCUGAAGGCUGACAGUCUGGGCAGGAGUGUCGACUGGGGCGUCCUGGCCAUCUUCACCUGUGCUGAAAGCUGUGGCCUGGGCACUGGCUA